AUGUCGGCGCCACCCAGCGAUGGCUACGGCCAGCCGCUCGACCAGCAGGCCCAGCAGCCGCCCUACGAUGGCCAGCCCGCCCCCCACGAGACAACCGCCGCGGGCAAGAAGAAGAAGCGAGGAUAUGCGGCGCAAGCCUUCGAGGUCGGCACGGGGGCCAAUGCUCUGGCAGGCGGCCAGCUCCCGGUCGGACAGCAGUACGGCGCGCCGCCAAUGCAACCCGGCGCUGCUCCCUACGGCGCCUAUCCGCCAGUCGAGCCUCAGCCCGUCGCUGGCGUCCCCUCGGCGCCUGGUUACCAGUAUCCCCAGGCCGGCUAUGGCGCACCGCAGCCCGUCGCCGCGGCGCAGCCUGCGUACGGCUACCAAGCUCCGGACCAGGGAUACCAGCCGCCGGCUGGCCCAGGACCUGCCCCCGGCAUCGCGGGCAUCACCCAGGGCAUGGCCGGCAUGCAGGUCGGAGGCCAGCCGCAGCCUCCCCAAGUGGCCCAGCAGGGCAGGCCCACCGUUCUCAACCAGCUGUAUCCUACGGACCUCUUGACGCAGCCCUUCAACCCCUCGGAGCUGGAUCUGCCGCCGCCUCCCAUCAUCCUCCCGCCCAAUACCAGCGUGACUGCCUCGCCGGAUGCCAACUGCUCCUCGCGAUACAUUCGAUCUACAAUCAAUGCCGUCCCCACAUCCAACUCGCUGCUGAAAAAGUCCAAGCUGCCGUUCGCGCUCAUCAUCCAGCCUUACGGAGCUCUGCACGACGACGAGGACCCCAUACCGGUGGUCCAAGACCAGGUCAUUUCCCGUUGCCGAAGAUGUAGGACGUAUAUCAACCCGUUUGUCACCUUCCUGGACCACGGCCACCGGUGGAGAUGCAACAUGUGCAACCUGAGCAACGACGUGCCCCAGGCGUUCGACUGGGAUGCCGCCGCUCAGCAAGCCGCCGACAGAUGGCAGCGCCACGAGCUCAACCACGCCGUCGUCGAGUUUGUUGCCCCGCAGGAGUACAUGGUUCGACCGCCCCAGCCCCUGGUCUACCUGUUCCUCUUCGACGUCAGCUAUGCGGCGGUCUCCAACGGCCUCCUUGCUACGAGCGCUAGGACCAUUCUGGACAGCCUGAGCAGGAUACCCAAUGCCGAUCGCCGAACUCGCCUCGGCUUCCUCGCCGUCGACUCCAGCCUCCACUACUUCUCCAUCCCCAAGGACACGGAUGAGAAUGGCGAGACGAGCAUGCUUGUCGUUAGCGACCUUGAGGAGCCCUUCCUGCCGGUGCCCCACGACCUCCUCGUCCCGCUGACGGAGAGCCGUCAGAGCAUCGAAAAGUUCCUCCAGAAGCUGCCGGACAUGUUCCAGAACAACCAGAGCAACGGCUCAUGCAUGGGAUCGGCCCUGCGCGCGGGACACAAGCUCAUCUCUGCGCUUGGCGGCAAGAUUGUCGUCCUCACCGCCUCGCUCCCUAACACGGGCGUCGGAAAGCUGGACAUGAGGGAGGACAAGAAGCUACUGGGGACGUCCAAGGAGAGCAGCCUGCUGCAGACAUCAAACAGCUUUUACAAGAGCUUUGCCGUCGAGUGCUCCAAGAACCAGGUGUCGAUCGACAUGUUCCUCUUCUCGUCUCAAUACCAGGAUGUAGCCUCGUUGAGUAACUUGCCGAGGUACACUGGUGGACAGACGUGGUUCUACCCCGGCUGGCACGCCUCGCGACCCGAGGACGCGCUCAAGUUCGCCUCCGAGUUUAGCGACUACCUGUCGUCCGAGAUUGGGCUGGAGGCCGUGCUCCGCGUGCGUGCGACUACGGGUCUGCGCAUGAAUGCAUUCUACGGCAACUUCUUCAACCGCAGCUCCGACCUCUGCGCGUUCCCGGCCUUUCCCCGCGACCAAUGCUACGUUGUCGAAGUCGCCAUUGACGAGAACCUUACUAAGAACGUGGUGUGUCUCCAGGCUGCUGUGCUACACACGACAUGCAACGGCGAGCGCCGCAUCAGGGUACUCACGCUCGCGCUGCCGACGACAACCAACCUGUCGGACGUCUACGCGUCCGCGGACCAGUUGGCCAUCACCACCUACUUCAGCCACAAGGCCGUGGAGAGAGCGCUCAGCAGCGGCCUCGACGCUGCCCGAGACGCCCUGGCGGCUAAGGUCACGGAGCUUCUCCAGACGUUCAAGAAGGAGCUCGCCGGCGGCAGCAUGGGCGGCGGCCUGCAGUUCCCCGCCAACCUCCGAGGACUCCCCCUGCUGUUCCUUGGCCUGACCAAGAACGUUGGCCUUCGGAAAUCUACGCAGAUUCCCUCCGACAUUAGAUCAGCCGCCCUGUGUCUCCUGUCUACGCUUCCGAUCCCGCUCCUGACCCGAUACAUCUACCCCAGACUCUACUCGCUGCACGACAUGCCCGACAAUGCCGGCAUCCCGGAUGAGGCCACGGGCCAGAUUGUCCUACCCCCGCCGCUGAACCUGUCCUCGGAGCGACUCGUCUCGUAUGGCCUGUAUCUGAUUGACGACGGCCAGGUCCAGUUCUUGUGGGUGGGCCGGGAUGCCGUUCCGCAGCUCAUCGCCGACGUCUUUGGAGUGGAGGACCGCACGCAGGUCCACGUUGGCAAGGGACGAGUGCCGGAACUCGAAAACGACUUCAACGAGCGCAUUCGAGCCGUGAUCCAGAAGAGCCGUGACCAUCGCUCCCUUGGCGUGGGAAGCAUCACGGUGCCGCACCUGUACAUUGUCCGGGAGGAUGGCGAGCCGCUGCUCAAGCUGUGGGCACAGACGCUCCUCAUUGAGGACCGGGCGGAUCAGGGAGUGAGUGCGGCACAGUGGCUUGGUUCACUCCGAGAAAAGGUAUGUUAA